CGACAUGUCUAUAAGUUAGACUAAAAAGCAAAUCAUUUCGUCUAUAUAAACAUAUACAUACACAAGCAAACACACACGAGUCUUGAGAAGUUUUGUGGUGAAUGAGAGAGUCAACAUUAAUGGAGAAAGUCACAAAAAGAACUAUCUCCUCCUCCUCCAUCUUCUUCUUGUGCUUCUAUAUCUUCUCGUCAAGCAUUCUCUUUCUCGCCGGAAAAUCAGCAGCAAAACUUUCUUACGACGGUGACAAUGAUAACGUGACGGCUUUGUUCAUCUUCGGGGACUCUUUCUUGGAUGCAGGAAACAAUAAUUACAUAAACACCUCUACACUUGACCAAGCCAAUUUCCCACCUUAUGGUCAAACAUUCUUUGGCCUCCCCACCGGCAGAUUCUCCGACGGUCGUCUCAUCUCUGAUUUCAUAGCGGAAUAUGCGAAGUUGCCGUUAAUUCCGCCGUUUUUGGAACCGGGAGAUAGUCAAAAGAAGCUUUCCGGCGUCAACUUUGCAUCCGCGGGAGCUGGUGCUCUUGUUGAAACGUUCCAAGGUUCGGUGAUAAGUUUGAGAACACAAUUGGAACACUAUAAGAAAGUGGAGAGAUUGUGGAGGAUAAAGUUUGGUAAAGAAGAAAGCAAGAAGAGAAUCUCAAGAGCUGUCUAUUUGAUAAGCAUUGGGUCUAAUGACUACUCAAGCCCUUUCUUGACCAACCAAUCUCUCUCCAUUUCAAUGUCUCAGCAUGUUGACAUUGUCAUUGGUAAUUUGACAACAUUCAUGCAUGAAAUAUACAAGAUUGGAGGACGGAAGUUCGGUUUCUUGAAUGUGCCGGAUUUGGGUUGUUUCCCAGCUUUACGGAUACUAAAACAGAACAAUGAUUCUUGCUUAAGAGAUGCUUCAAGGUUGGCAAACAUGCAUAACAAAGCUCUUUCGAGUCUCUUGUUUAAGAUGCAAAGACAACUCAAGGGCUUCAAGUUCUCCCUCUUCGACAUGAACAAAAGUCUUAAACUCAGAAUGCAUCAUCCUUCUAAAUUUGGGUUUAAAGAAGGGGAAGAAGCAUGUUGUGGAACAGGGAAGUGGAGAGGAGUAUUCAGCUGUGGAGGAAAGAGAAUCGUGAAGGAAUACAAAUUAUGUGAGAAUCCUGACGAUUAUAUUUUUUGGGAUUCACUUCAUCUCACCCAAAAUACUUACAAGCAAUUUGCAAAUCUAAUUUGGAAUGGUGGGCACAUGUCAGAUUCUCUAGUGGUUGGUCCAUACAAUAUCAACAGUUUAUUUCAGAUUUCUUGAUGUGAAUGUAUGUAACUAAUAUACAUGAUAUGUUUUGUCUUUUGUUGGUAACCUUUUUUUUGUUCA